AUGGCCAUGGAGCAGGGAAGAGUGACGGAAUUCGAAGGAAAGAGCCUCGACCAGAUACAAAUUGAGCCUGAAGGGAGAGCAGUAGAGAUCCUCUCACAAACGGACGGGCUAAAAGAAACUUCAAGCGGAGAACCUUCAACCAUUCAUCCAGAUGCACCCCAUGGUAGUGGCAGUGCCCCUUCUGAACGUUAUCUGGAGCUGCGCUUUAACAAAACAGUCAGAGUCUGUGGAACCAUCACCUUCAUCUUUCAAAUGGUGAUUUACAUGGGGGUGGUGCUCUAUGCCCCAGCCUUGGCUCUGAACGCAGUGACUGGUUUUGACCUGUGGGGGGCAGUGUUGGCGAUGGGACUGGUGUGCACGCUGUACACGGCUCUGGGAGGACUGAAGGCCGUGAUCUGGACUGACGUGUUCCAGACCGUGGUCAUGUUUGCGGGACAGUUGGCCGUGAUCGUGGUGGGGGCCAGUCAGGCCGGGGGCAUGGGGCAGGUCUGGAGCAAAGCCAUGAACGGGAGCCGCAUAUCUGGACUAGACCUGAAUCCAGACCCUCUGGAGCGUCACACUUUCUGGACUCUUGCCGUGGGCGGAGUCUUUUUGAUGCUGGCGUUGUACGGAGUGAACCAAGCUCAGGUCCAGAGAUACCUGAGCUCUCGCUCGGAGAAAGAGGCCGUCAUGUCGUGUUAUGUUGUGUUUCCGUGUCAACAAAUCGUCCUCUCGAUGGGCUGCUUGAUGGGACUGGUGAUGUUCGCUCGUUAUGGAGAGGACAGUCCACUGGACAAAGGAUACGUCAAAACUAAUGACCAGGUGACGUCACCUCGACUCAAACGAGCUGAUCCAGAGUCUGCUCCUCUGCCUGUGAGCCCGCCUCCCCCCGCCCUCACCCGCCUCCCCCCGCCCUCACCCGCCUCCUCCCGCCCUCACCCGCCUCCCCCCGCCCUCACCCGCCUCCCCCGCCCUCACCCGCCUCCCCCCGCCCUCACCCGCCUCCCCCCGCCCUCACCCGCCUCCUCCCGCCCUCACCCGCCUCCCCCCGCCCUCACCCGCCUCCCCCCGCCCUCACCCGCCUCCUCCCGCCCUCACCCGCCUCCCCCCGCCCUCACCCGCCUCCCCCCGCCCUCACCCGCCUCCCCCCGCCCUCACCCGCCUCCUCCCGCCCUCACCCGCCUCCCCCCGCCCUCACCCGCCUCCCCCCGCCCUCACCCGCCUCCUCCCGCCCUCACCCGCCUCCCCCGCCCGCACACUGACAUGGUGCUGUACUUUGUCAUGGAUGUGUUCCAGGACCUGCCUGGUCUUCCUGGACUCUUUGUCGCAUGUCUUUUCAGUGGAGCUCUGAGUACCAUUUCUUCAGCGUUCAACUCUUUGGCCACGGUGACGAUGGAGGACCUGAUCAAACCGUACUUCCCGGCGAUGGCAGAGUCCAGAGCCACGCUGAUGUCCAAAGGCCUGGCGUUGGCUUAUGGUCUUGUGUGUCUGGCCAUGGCCUACAUCGCCUCCUUAAUGGGAUCAGUGCUGCAGGCUGCCUUCAGUAUCUUUGGGAUGGUCGGGGGUCCAUUGUUGGGUUUGUUUUGUCUGGGAAUGUUCUUUCCUUGGGCCAACUCCACGGGGGCAGUGGUGGGCCUGUUCGCCGGGCUGGCCAUGGCGUUCUGGAUCGGCAUCGGGAGUUUUGUGAUGCGUGUGUCCAGCUCCAACAUCCCCAUCGUCAACGCCACGAUGGCUCCUCUCUUUGACAACGCAACAAUAGGGGCCAUGUUUAACACCACAACUGUUAAGCCCAGGCCCUCGGGUGUGCAGGCCCUGUACUCCCUGUCGUACCUGUGGUACAGUGCUCAUAACUCCACCACUGUGGUCAUCGUGGGGCUGCUGGUCAGCUUCAUCACAGGGCCCAUGAAGGAGAGCGAGCUGACCCCAGCGAUACAAAGACACGCUGUGCUGCCGGACCCCACUCUUACCAAAGGUACAGACCCCACUCUUACCAAAGGUACAGACCCCACUCUUACCAAAGGUACAGACCCCUCUCUUACCAAAGGUACAGACCCCACUCUUACCAAAGGUACAGACCCCACUCUUACCAAAGGUACAGACCCCUCUGUUAUCAAAGGUACAGACCCCUCUGUUAUCAAAGGUACAGACCCCUCUCUUACCAAAGGUACAGACCCCUCUGUUACCAAAGGUACAGACCCCUCUCUUACCAAAGGUACAGACCCCUCUGUUACCAAAGGUACAGACCCCACUCUUACCAAAGGUACAGACCCCUCUGUUACCAAAGGUACAGACCCCACUCUUACCAAAGGUACAGACCCCACUCUUACCAAAGGUACAGACCCCUCUCUUACCAAAGGUACAGACCCCACUCUUACCAAAGGUACAGACCCCUCUCUUACCAAAGGUACAGACCCCUCUGUUACCAAAGGUACAGACCCCACUCUUACCAAAGGUACAGACCCCACUCUUACCAAAGGUACAGACCCCACUCUUACCAAAGGUACAGACCCCUCUCUUACCAAAGGUACAGACCCCACUCUUACCAAAGGUACAGACCCCUCUCUUACCAAAGGUACAGACCCCUCUGUUACCAAAGGUACAGACCCCACUCUUACCAAAGGUACAGACCCCUCUGUUAUCAAAGGUACAGACCCCACUCUUACCAAAGGUACAGACCCCUCUCUUACCAAAGGUACAGACCCCACUCUUACCAAAGGUACAGACCCCACUCUUACCAAAGGUACAGACCCCUCUGUUACCAAAGGUACAGACCCCUCUCUUACCAAAGGUACAGACCCCUCUCUUACCAAAGGUACAGACCCCUCUGUUACCAAAGGUACAGACCCCUCUGUUAUCAAAGGUACAGACCCCUCUGUUACCAAAGGUACAGACCCCACUCUUACCAAAGGUACAGACCCCUCUGUUAUCAAAGGUACAGACCCCACUCUUACCAAAGGUACAGACCCCACUCUUACCAAAGGUACAGACCCCUCUCUUACCAAAGGUACAGACCCCUCUGUUACCAAAGGUACAGACCCCACUCUUACCAAAGGUACAGACCCCACUCUUACCAAAGGUACAGACCCCUCUGUUAUCAAAGGUACAGACCCCACUCUUACCAAAGGUACAGACCCCUCUCUUACCAAAGGUACAGACCCCACUCUUACCAAAGGUACAGACCCCACUCUUACCAAAGGUACAGACCCCUCUGUUACCAAAGGUACAGACCCCUCUCUUACCAAAGGUACAGACCCCUCUCUUACCAAAGGUACAGACCCCUCUGUUACCAAAGGUACAGACCCCUCUGUUAUCAAAGGUACAGACCCCUCUGUUACCAAAGGUACAGACCCCACUCUUACCAAAGGUACAGACCCCUCUGUUACCAAAGGUACAGACCCCUCUGUUACCAAAGGUACAGACCCCACUCUUACCAAAGGUACAGACCCCUCUGUUAUCAAAGGUACAGACCCCACUCUUACCAAAGGUACAGACCCCUCUCUUACCAAAGGUACAGACCCCACUCUUACCAAAGGUACAGACCCCACUCUUACCAAAGGUACAGACCCCUCUGUUACCAAAGGUACAGACCCCUCUCUUACCAAAGGUACAGACCCCACUCUUACCAAAGGUACAGACCCCACUCUUACCAAAGGUACAGACCCCUCUGUUACCAAAGGUACAGACCCCUCUCUUACCAAAGGUACAGACCCCACUCUUACCAAAGGUACAGACCCCUCUGUUACCAAAGGUACAGACCCCUCUCUUACCAAAGGUACAGACCCCUCUGUUACCAAAGGUACAGACCCCUCUCUUACCAAAGGUACAGACCCCUCUCUUACCAAAGGUACAGACCCCCCUCUUACCAAAGGUACAGACCCCCCUCUUACCAAAGGUACAGACCCCUCUCUUACCAAAGGUACAGACCCCUCUGUUACCAAAGGUACAGACCCCUCUGUUACCAAAGGUACAGACCCCUCUCUUACCAAAGGUACAGACCCCACUCUUACCAAAGGUACAGACCCCACUCUUACCAAAGGUACAGACCCCUCUGUUACCAAAGGUACAGACCCCUCUCUUACCAAAGGUACAGACCCCCCCUCUUACCAAAGGUACAGACCCCCCCUCUUACCAAAGGUACAGACCCCUCUGUUACCAAAGGUACAGACCCCUCUCUUACCAAAGGUACAGACCCCUCUGUUACCAAAGGUACAGACCCCUCUCUUACCAAAGGUACAGACCCCCCCUCUUACCAAAGGUACAGACCCCCCCUCUUACCAAAGGUACAGACCCCCCCUCUUACCAAAGGUACAGACCCCCCUCUUACCAAAGGUACAGACCCCCCUCUUACCAAAGGUACAGACCCCCCCUCUUACCAAAGGUACAGACCCCUCUGUUACCAAAGGUACAGACCCCACUCUUACCAAAGGUACAGACCCCUCUCUUACCAAAGGUACAGACCCCACUCUUACCAAAGGUACAGACCCCUCUGUUAUCAAAGGUACAGACCCCACUCUUACCAAAGGUACAGACCCCACUCUUACCAAAGGUACAGACCCCUCUGUUACCAAAGGUACAGACCCCUCUCUUACCAAAGGUACAGACCCCACUCUUACCAAAGGUACAGACCCCUCUCUUACCAAAGGUACAGACCCCACUCUUACCAAAGGUACAGACCCCUCUGUUAUCAAAGGUACAGACCCCACUCUUACCAAAGGUACAGACCCCACUCUUACCAAAGGUACAGACCCCUCUCUUACCAAAGGUACAGACCCCACUCUUACCAAAGGUACAGACCCCUCUCUUACCAAAGGUACAGACCCCACUCUUACCAAAGGUACAGACCCCACUCUUACCAAAGGUACAGACCCCUCUCUUACCAAAGGUACAGACCCCACUCUUACCAAAGGUACAGACCCCUCUGUUACCAAAGGUACAGACCCCUCUCUUACCAAAGGUACAGACCCCUCUGUUACCAAAGGUACAGACCCCUCUCUUACCAAAGGUACAGACCCCCCUCUUACCAAAGGUACAGACCCCUCUGUUACCAAAGGUACAGACCCCUCUCUUACCAAAGGUACAGACCCCUCUGUUACCAAAGGUACAGACCCCACUCUUACCAAAGGUACAGACCCCUCUCUUACCAAAGGUACAGACCCCUCUGUUACCAAAGGUACAGACCCCUCUCUUACCAAAGGUACAGACCCCUCUGUUACCAAAGGUACAGACCCCACUCUUACCAAAGGUACAGACCCCUCUCUUACCAAAGGUACAGACCCCACUCUUACCAAAGGUACAGACCCCUCUGUUACCAAAGGUACAGACCCCACUCUUACCAAAGGUACAGACCCCUCUCUUACCAAAGGUACAGACCCCUCUGUUACCAAAGGUACAGACCCCUCUGUUACCAAAGGUACAGACCCCUCUCUUACCAAAGGUACAGACCCCUCUGUUACCAAAGGUACAGACCCCUCUCUUACCAAAGGUACAGACCCCUCUCUUACCAAAGGUACAGACCCCACUCUUACCAAAGGUACAGACCCCUCUCUUACCAAAGGUACAGACCCCUCUCUUACCAAAGGUACAGACCCCUCUCUUACCAAAGGUACAGACCCCACUCUUACCAAAGGUACAGACCCCUCUGUUAUCAAAGGUACAGACCCCACUCUUACCAAAGGUACAGACCCCACUCUUACCAAAGGUACAGACCCCACUCUUACCAAAGGUACAGACCCCACUCUUACCAAAGGUACAGACCCCUCUCUUACCAAAGGUACAGACCCCACUCUUACCAAAGGUACAGACCCCUCUCUUACCAAAGGUACAGACCCCUCUCUUACCAAAGGUACAGACCCCUCUCUUACCAAAGGUACAGACCCCUCUGUUACCAAAGGUACAGACCCCUCUCUUACCAAAGGUACAGACCCCACUCUUACCAAAGGUACAGACCCCUCUGUUACCAAAGGUACAGACCCCUCUCUUACCAAAGGUACAGACCCCUCUGUUACCAAAGGUACAGACCCCUCUCUUACCAAAGGUACAGACCCCACUCUUACCAAAGGUACAGACCCCUCUCUUACCAAAGGUACAGACCCCUCUCUUACCAAAGGUACAGACCCCUCUCUUACCAAAGGUACAGACCCCUCUCUUACCAAAGGUACAGACCCCACUCUUACCAAAGGUACAGACCCCUCUCUUACCAAAGGUACAGACCCCACUCUUACCAAAGGUACAGACCCCUCUCUUACCAAAGGUACAGACCCCUCUCUUACCAAAGGUACAGACCCCUCUCUUACCAAAGGUACAGACCCCUCUCUUACCAAAGGUACAGACCCCACUCUUACCAAAGGUACAGACCCCACUCUUACCAAAGGUACAGACCCCUCUCUUACCAAAGGUACAGACCCCACUCUUACCAAAGGUACAGACCCCUCUGUUAUCAAAGGUACAGACCCCUCUCUUACCAAAGGUACAGACCCCACUCUUACCAAAGGUACAGACCCCUCUCUUACCAAAGGUACAGACCCCUCUGUUACCAAAGGUACAGACCCCUCUCUUACCAAAGGUACAGACCCCACUCUUACCAAAGGUACAGACCCCUCUCUUACCAAAGGUACAGACCCCUCUCUUACCAAAGGUACAGACCCCUCUCUUACCAAAGGUACAGACCCCUCUCUUACCAAAGGUACAGACCCCACUCUUACCAAAGGUACAGACCCCACUCUUACCAAAGGUACAGACCCCUCUCUUACCAAAGGUACAGACCCCACUCUUACCAAAGGUACAGACCCCACUCUUACCAAAGGUACAGACCCCACUCUUACCAAAGGUACAGACCCCUCUGUUAUCAAAGGUACAGACCCCUCUGUUAUCAAAGGUACAGACCCCUCUCUUACCAAAGGUACAGACCCCACUCUUACCAAAGGUACAGACCCCUCCAAAGGUACAGACCCCACUCUUACCAAAGGUACAGACCCCACUCUUAUCAAAGGUACAGACCCCACUCUUACCAAAGUACAGACCCCUCUGUUAUCAAAGGUACAGACCCCUCUGUUAUCAAAGGUACAGACCCCUCUCUUACCAAAGGUACAGACCCCUCUGUUACCAAAGACAGACCCCACUCUUACCAAAGGUACAGACCCCACUCUUACCAAAGGUACAGACCCCUCUGUUAUCAAAGGUACAGACCCCACUCUUACCAAAGGUACAGACCCCUCUGUUAUCAAAGGUACAGACCCCACUCUUACCAAAGGUACAGACCCCACUCUUACCAAAGGUACAGACCCCACUGUUAUCAAAGGUACAGACCCCUCUGUUACCAAAGGUACAGACCCCUCUGUUACCAAAGGUACAGACCCCUCUCUUACCAAAGGUACAGACCCCUCUGUUAUCAAAGGUACAGACCCCACUCUUACCAAAGGUACAGACCCCACUCUUACCAAAGGUACAGACCCCUCUGUUAUCAAAGGUACAGACCCCUCUGUUACCAAAGGUACAGACCCCUCUCUUACCAAAGGUACAGACCCCUCUGUUACCAAAGGUACAGACCCCACUCUUACCAAAGGUACAGACCCCACUCUUACCAAAGGUACAGACCCCACUCUUACCAAAGGUACAGACCCCACUCUUACCAAAGGUACAGACCCCUCUCUUACCAAAGGUACAGACCCCACUCUUACCAAAGGUACAGACCCCUCUGUUACCAAAGGUACAGACCCCUCUCUUACCAAAGGUACAGACCCCACUCUUACCAAAGGUACAGACCCCUCUCUUACCAAAGGUACAGACCCCUCUGUUACCAAAGGUACAGACCCCACUCUUAUCAAAGGUACCCCCACUCUUACCAAAGGUACAGACCCCACUCUUACCAAAGGUACAGACCCCUCUCUUACCAAAGGUACAGACCCCUCUGUUAUCAAAGGUACAGACCCCUCUCUUACCAAAGGUACAGACCCCUCUCUUACCAAAGGUACAGACCCCACUCUUACCAAAGGUACAGACCCCACUCUUACCAAAGGUACAGACCCCUCUCUUACCAAAGGUACAGACCCCACUCUUACCAAAGGUACAGACCCCUCUGUUACCAAAGGUACAGACCCCACUCUUACCAAAGGUACAGACCCCACUCUUACCAAAGGUACAGACCCCACUCUUACCAAAGGUACAGACCCCACUCUUACCAAAGGUACAGACCCCUCUGUUAUCAAAGGUACAGACCCCUCUGUUAUCAAAGGUACAGACCCCUCUCUUACCAAAGGUACAGACCCCACUCUUACCAAAGGUACAGACCCCUCUGUUACCAAAGGUACAGACCCCUCUGUUAUCAAAGGUACAGACCCCUCUGUUACCAAAGGUACAGACCCCACUCUUACCAAAGGUACAGACCCCCCUCUUACCAAAGGUACAGACCCCACUCUUAUCAAAGGUACAGACCCCACUCUUACCAAAGGUACAGACCCCUCUGUUACCAAAGGUACAGACCCCACUCUUACCAAAGGUACAGACCCCACUCUUACCAAAGGUACAGACCCCUCUGUUAUCAAAGGUACAGACCCCUCUGUUAUCAAAGGUACAGACCCCUCUCUUACCAAAGGUACAGACCCCACUCUUACCAAAGGUACAGACCCCUCUGUUACCAAAGGUACAGACCCCUCUGUUAUCAAAGGUACAGACCCCUCUGUUACCAAAGGUACAGACCCCACUCUUACCAAAGGUACAGACCCCCCUCUUACCAAAGGUACAGACCCCACUCUUAUCAAAGGUACAGACCCCACUCUUACCAAAGGUACAGACCCCUCUGUUAUCAAAGGUACAGACCCCUCUGUUAUCAAAGGUACAGACCCCUCUCUUACCAAAGGUACAGACCCCUCUGUUACCAAAGGUACAGACCCCACUCUUACCAAAGGUACAGACCCCACUCUUACCAAAGGUACAGACCCCUCUGUUAUCAAAGGUACAGACCCCACUCUUACCAAAGGUACAGACCCCUCUGUUAUCAAAGGUACAGACCCCACUCUUACCAAAGGUACAGACCCCACUCUUACCAAAGGUACAGACCCCUCUGUUAUCAAAGGUACAGACCCCUCUGUUACCAAAGGUACAGACCCCUCUGUUACCAAAGGUACAGACCCCUCUCUUACCAAAGGUACAGACCCCUCUGUUAUCAAAGGUACAGACCCCACUCUUACCAAAGGUACAGACCCCUCUGUUAUCAAAGGUACAGACCCCUCUGUUACCAAAGGUACAGACCCCUCUCUUACCAAAGGUACAGACCCCUCUGUUAUCAAAGGUACAGACCCCACUCUUACCAAAGGUACAGACCCCACUCUUACCAAAGGUACAGACCCCUCUGUUAUCAAAGGUACAGACCCCUCUGUUACCAAAGGUACAGACCCCACUCUUACCAAAGGUACAGACCCCACUCUUACCAAAGGUACAGACCCCACUCUUACCAAAGGUACAGACCCCUCUGUUAUCAAAGGUACAGACCCCUCUGUUACCAAAGGUACAGACCCCUCUGUUACCAAAGGUACAGACCCCACUCUUACCAAAGGUACAGACCCCUCUGUUAUCAAAGGUACAGACCCCACUCUUACCAAAGGUACAGACCCCACUCUUACCAAAGGUACAGACCCCACUCUUACCAAAGGUACAGACCCCACUCUUACCAAAGGUACAGACCCCACUCUUACCAAAGGUACAGACCCCACUCUUACCAAAGGUACAGACCCCACUCUUACCAAAGGUACAGACCCCUCUGUUACCAAAGGUACAGACCCCUCUGUUACCAAAGGUACAGACCCCUCUGUUACCAAAGGUACAGACCCCUCUGUUACCAAAGGUACAGACCCCUCUCUUACCAAAGGUACAGACCCCUCUGUUACCAAAGGUACAGACCCCACUCUUACCAAAGGUACAGACCCCUCUCUUACCAAAGGUACAGACCCCUCUCUUACCAAAGGUACAGACCCCUCUGUUAUCAAAGGUACAGACCCCACUCUUACCAAAGGUACAGACCCCUCUCUUACCAAAGGUACAGACCCCACUCUUACCAAAGGUACAGACCCCUCUCUUACCAAAGGUACAGACCCCUCUCUUACCAAAGGUACAGACCCCUCUCUUACCAAAGGUACAGACCCCUCUCUUACCAAAGCUCCAAGAGCGAAGUCCUCACAAGAACCAGAACAUGGAGGCCUCCAAUGGCUCCACAUUGUUCAAAGAGGACUGUGCGACGAAGGAGGAGGAGCCCGAGGAGGACCCCGAGGAGCCCGAGGAGAAGAAGAACAGCCUGGUGCCAGUGGAGGGCCUCCUCCUGCAGGAGACCGCUCUGUGAGGCCUCCUCCUGGGCCUCCUCCUGCAGGAGACCGCUCUGUGAGGCCUCCUCCUGGGCCUCCUCCUGCAGGAGACCGCUCUGUGAGGCCUCCUCCUGGGCCUCCUCCUGCAGGAGACCGCUCUGUGAGGCCUCCUCCUGGGCCUCCUCCUGCAGGAGACCGCUCUGUGAGGCCUCCUCCUGGGCCUCCUCCUGCAGGAGACCACUCUGUGAGGCCUCCUCCUGCAGGAGAACCAGACCAGUAG